AUGGACGUACGCCUAACAAGUGAUUCACAACUAGUCAUUCGACAAGUGGAGCUGAAAUACAAUGUUUACGAUGAGACACUAUCAGCAUAUAUGGUUCUGGUCCAUACACUAGCAUCACAAAUACCCAACAUCAAGUUCCGACAUCUACGUAGAAGAUAUCUCAGAUAUGCUGAUGCCUUAGCAUACGUAUCAUCUAUGCUAAGGGAUGAAAACGUCAAAGCCAUCAAGAUAACAAGAGUAUACGAGUCUUCGGUCAACCCGCAACAAUCCUUCGCUACAAAUCGUGAAGACGAUGUAGGGGAGGACAUCGCUGACGAUGAUGCGGGCGAGGAUAUCGCAGAUUACUUUGUCGAAGAUGAUAUCCUAUCAAGAUCCAAUGAGGAUGAAUAUUUCAGUAUCGGAGAGGACUGGAGGACCGGAGUUUAUCUCUUUCUUAAAGAAGGAACGCUUCCCACAGACCUGAAGCAAUCCCGAAAAGUACAAUCAAAAGCAUGGAGGUAUGAUCUUCGUGACGGAGUUCUUUACAAGAAGUCUUUCCUCGGUCCCUUAUUACGCUGCUUAUCCAGAGAAGAAGGUCAUCGUAUCCUGAAAGACAUUCACUAUGGAGACGCAGGCAACCACAGCGGAAUGAGGUCAUUAGCCGACAAGGCUAAGAUGCAAGGAUAUUAA